UGCAAGGCGGGAUCCCUGCACAAACAGCCCCGUCGGGCUUGCAAAUGCAAACCCACCGGGCAGGGAGGGUGCGGCGGCUACAUCAGACGCCUGGAGCCCUGCUGCGCGCUCGUCCCGCCUGCCCUGCAGCCUCUCGCAGGGGCUGUGCGCCUUCUCCCCCCGCCCAAGGGCUGGGCCAGGCCGGGAGCGGGCCAAUCCGCGAGGAGGGGGCAACCGCGCGCAGUUUAAAUCCGAAGGCGACUGCAGACGCUGGCCAGGCGGGUCCCGGCCGGAGUUUUGUCUGAUCCUCUGACAAGUGAGAAUACUCCCAAGAAGUGAAGCGUGAUGGCAUCUGUGUUCCAUAGUGUCGGAGCUACAAUUGGCUGGAGGAAUCACCAGCCCCUGGCUGACUUUGAGAAUGAGAGCCCAGUGCCUGACAAGUUUAGAAAGAAGCCUUCGUCAAGCGCUCUCAAUACCCUACGCAUGUCUCUGAGGAAACGAAUGCCCUUAAAGCAAGUCGAGAUGAACUUUGGGGAGCAUCCAACUUGGGAAAGUCUGGAAGCAAAAGAGAAGCACCAAACCUUCCGGACUAUCACAAGAAGUGCAAAAAAUGCCUUUGGAACAGUGUCCCAGAAAUUACAGAAGUCCUGUCAAAGUCACACACAAUGUCUAGUCACCUCUCCAGCGAAAGCCCCUGCAAGGAGAAGUGUCAUCCCUAGCUCUGCAAAGAGAAGCACUUCACCUCGAACUCCUCAUCGGAAGACUAGGUUGGCCACGGUGACCACUCCACCGUCUGGUCCCAGAUGUACCCCCCGGUCCAGCAAGAGAGCCUCCCUUUCAUCCAGAUCUGCAAAGAGCUUGGUGGAGAAAGAACGGAGGAGUUUCGCUCACUGGCUUGGAAAAGAUGCUGUCCCUCUCCGGAGAUCAAGGAGAGCAGCAGCUCUAAAGAGCCCAUAUUCAUCACCUCUGCCUGCCAGCAGAAAGAGAGAGUUUGACUGUGAGUUAGAAUCCGUCUCUAUGGGAAUUCGCCAGCUGAGCCGUCUUUCUCAGGUGUUCGAUGAUGUCAUUGUGAGAGAGGAGAGUGAUAUGACAGUUUCUCUCAUUCGUAACUGAAGAUAGUACCAGUCAGAGAACACGCGAUAUCAAAUUAUCAGCAUCUAAUGGCGCAAAACUUGCGAUCUGUGCAUCGGUCUCGGAAACUCUCCCAACCCUCUUUCAGGCGGCAUGUGAAAAGGCUCCAGCGUGCAGUUGGCACUUGGACUGAGAUGGCCUUAGCUAGUAUUAACAAUGUGUGAGCAAAUGAAGGAUUAACCAUAUAUGGGAAUUCUAGGGGGCGUAUUUUGUUUGUUUGGAUGUAAGUGAUUGUGCUUUGCAUAAGCUGUUAAACCAUUUUUAGAAUACUACCUUUCACUUUAGUUCAGGUCUCUUCCUUCUAUAGAUUUCUCCUUCCAAGGGUGCAGGAAUUGUAUUAAAAAGUAUAUCACAUGACAACCCCCAGCAAUGGUAAAAUAAAUUGAACUCCCUUAACUAACAUUUUCAAAUGAGACCAGCAUUGUCUAGUGUAUUCAUUUUUUGGAGUGGGGCCAAAUCGUGCUGAAUGAUUUUAAGGAAAGACUUUCCUGAAUGUGCCUAUAUAGAUAAGCUUUGGGUUAUUGAAGUCACAGGGUUUAACUAAAAAGUCUCACGGGGUAGCCAUGCUAGUCUGUAACUUUAAAAACAGCAAGGAGUCCUGUGGCACCUGAGGUCUGGUCUACACUAAACGGGAGGGUUGACUUAAUUAACGUAGCUGGAAUUGCAUAUCUUAUGUAGCUGGAGUCUAUGUAUCUUAAAUCACCGUUCAUACAGUGCGGGGGGUUGCUCCUGUCAGCUUCCCUUACUGCUUGUGAGGAGCAGGAAUACCAGUGCCUACAGGUGCACCCUCAGUUUGAAUUAGAGGGUCUCCACAGAUCCACUAAAUCGAACCCUGGACGAUUGACUCUGGCAGCGUCGAUCUUUUGCAUAGUGUAGUCAUGGCCUUAGACACUAACAAAAAUAUAUCUCAAAUCAUGAGCUUUGGGGAGUAAAACCCACAUCAUCAGUUGAGCUGGAGUGACAGAGUUGGCAACAGGGUUGGUUGCCUGGAUAGAAUCCUAAUCUGAAGUGUGUUGGGUGGGCAGGCCUCUGCUGCGAAGUAUUUGCUUCAGGUUGAGGUGGAUGUCUGUGGGUGAGGAUUGGCUUGUUGCCCGAGGCCUGUUGUUUCUACUCCAACUCAGCUGAUGAAGUGGGUUUUACCCAUGAAAGCUCAUGAUUUGAGAUAUAUUUUUGUUAGUCUCUAAAAACCCUGGUUUACACUA